GGCAUGAACUACUCAUAUACUAGUCCUCAGGAACCAAUUUCACCACUCCCUUACCCUCUGCAUAACAGCUCUUCUUUUCUGAAUUCGAGGGAUUAGGAAUACCGGAUUUGUUAUUUUAGCAUACCUUACAUCAUGGUCCGACACAAGAAAGACAAUUACUCCCGCGGAGGCAAGAAAUUUUCCUCGACACCCCGCCCACGCCCAGUGCCCCGCGGCGAUGGCGAGUCCUCCGACAGACUUCCUUUCAAAGCAGCCUGUUGGGAUCUGGGUCACUGCGAUCCAAAGCGAUGUUCGGGCAAGCGAUUAAUGCAUCUGGGAUUGAUGCGAGAGCUAGGUAUUGGACAAAAGUAUCCAGGUGUCGUCGUUUCUCCGAAUGCGAAGAAAAUCAUCUCUCCCGCGGACCGAGACAUACUAGAACAAUAUGGCGCCGCAGUAGUGGAAUGUUCGUGGGUAAGGCUGAAGGAAGUGCCUUUCUCCCGCAUAGGAGGAAAAUGUGAACGACUUCUACCCUAUCUUGUUGCAGCCAACACAGUCAACUACGGACGGCCAUGGCGGUUAAACUGUGUCGAAGCCCUGGCGGCCUGUUUCUGUAUUUGCGGCCACGAAGACUGGGCUAGAGAGGUUCUUAAACAUUUCAGUUACGGCGAGGCUUUCCUCGAUAUCAACUCGAAACUCCUUAAACGAUAUGCCGCAUGCGCCACAGAAGAAGACGUCAAACGGACCGAGGAAGAAUGGCUGGCUAAGAUUGAGAAAGAAUACGAAGACAGUCGUGUCGAAGGUGCCGAUGAUAUGUGGACAGUAGGCAAUACGAACCGGAGGGCAGACGAUUCUGAUUCCGAUGAUGAUAAGGGCAGUAAAAAUGGUGAAGAUGGAGACAAAGAAAAGAAUGAUGAAGAGGAAGAGCCAGAAGAAGAAAAGGACCCUUUCGCCAUCUCAGAUGACUCCGAAGAAGAAGAGCAGAUGGCCGAAAUCCGCCGCAAAAUUCUCAACUCCAAGUCUUUCCAGAAUCCUACUGUUCCCGACAAGCCACAACCUGAGAAGAUCACACGUCCAGAUACAGGGCCUGUUGAAGACUCCGACGCCGAAUCCGGGUCUGCGGAUGGGAGUGACGACGAAGCGUUUGACAAUAUCAUCGAUGCGACUCCGGUGACGGAUCGGACAGGUAUCAUUGCUGCAACCCGGAAAAAGGGGAACGACACCCUCAGUGCGUCGUUUUCUCGAACGGUGAUUAGUGCUCCUAAGAGGUGGUAGUUUUCUUACCCAAUCUUGUCUUGUGUCUUGCUUGCUUUUCUUCCAACACUUUUUGGGAUUCUGAGGGAAGCAGAAACAGCCGCGUAUUGGCAAAAGGGCAAUCCAUAUAAUGUACAGAUUUAUGAAAUAUGAAGUUGAUGAAAUAAAAGUUACAUAAAGAUAUCA